AUAGUUGAUAAUGAAUCAGUUAUCCAGCCAUCGCAAGUGAAUGUCUGCAAAUUCUAUCGAAACAGUAUGGAAAUGUGGAAAAUUACUGACACAAUCAAUAUUAACGUUGUGACCAGUGCGUCUGUGUUAUCAGCAGGAGGGCUCCCUAUGCGCCCAGCACUGUCUGAAUAACCUGCUUCAGGGAGAGUACUUUACUCCAGUGGACCUGUCCUCCAUUGCGCAUCAGCUAGAUGAGGAAGAACGGAUGAGAAUGGCGGAGGGAGGCGUGACCAGCGAGGAGUACAGGACAUUCCUUCAGCAACCAUCCGGGAACAUGGACGACAGUGGUUUCUUUUCCAUACAAGUUAUCAGUAAUGCUCUAGGGGUUUGGGGUUUGGAACUGAUUCUCUUCAACAGCCGCGAAUAUCAACGGAUGAUGAUCAACCCAAUAAACGAGAAGGCAUUUAUUUGCAACUACAAGGACCACUGGUUUACUGUGCGAAAACUGGGACAACAGUGGUUUAACCUGAACUCAUUGUUGACGGGGCCAGAGCUUAUAUCGGAUACAUAUCUGGCUCUCUUUCUGGCACAAUUACAACAAGAAGGGUAUUCCAUUUUCGUUAUAAGAGGGAACCUGCCGGACUGUGAAGCAGAGCAGAUACUGCGCAUUAUGAGGGUGGAGCAACGACAGAGACCCAAGCUGAUUGGAGAAGAGGCAGCAGCAGCCCAGUCCAGUGGCGGCCAAGGCGGUGUGUCAGCGCAAAGGGCACUGGAAGUGGAACCAGGCCUGGAUGCCGGCGUGGUGGACGAGGACGAGGAGGCACUAAGGAAGGCCAUCGCCCUGAGCCGAGAGGACAUGGAGGUUGAGGAUGAAGAGGCAGACCUACGCCGGGCCAUCCAGCUGAGCAUGCUGGGUGCAACAAGUACCAGUAACUCCCUCGAGCCCAAAGAUGUGGAUGUCACCCAGACAAUGGGGUCAACUCAACCCCCUGCCAUACCCCCUGAGAUGCCUGCAAACACCCAGAAGGAGAAUCUGAGUGCUGAGGAGCUACGCAGGAAAAGACAGGCCUACUUCGACAGUCCCAACAGCUGGCCCAGGGAAACCAGAACACAGGAGCCCCCUCAGGAAGCACAGGGUCAGAACCAGGCGGCCAUGAUGCUGAGACCGAGCAUGCCCAGUGAUGGACCAGGGGCGGAGCAAGCCAGCCUGCAAGCCUGACUAUGACUACGACCUGUCGUGCCUGUCGCGGUGCUGCCCCGCCCCCUCUGUGAGGGUCAGCCUCUCCCCACCUCCUGGCCCCCUGCUGCGCCUUCUCCAAGUAUCAGCUGGCCGUUUACUACACCCUGGACGUGUGUACAGGCUGAAACGGAGAAAUGGCAAAAAUCCAGUAGUGUAACGUAACGAUGCGGAUUAAUAGGGUGCAGAGAAGGGAGGAUGGAUAGAGUUCUAUUGCAGUUACUCAAAGUCUGCAAUUGCCUUCCACCACAACACCUUCAGCUCCUGUUAUUAAUGUAUUUAUUUGCUCUUCCCCUCUGCGCUGGGAGAGGUGAACAGGAAGCCCAUGUAAGUGUCUCUGAGUCAAAGAAAAGAUGACAGGGUAAGGCUGGUACUUUAAUAAGAAGUGGCAUACAGUGGAAUGGAGGUGGGGGCUUCUUUCCCGUGCCACCCAGCGGGACUAUUGGGGGGUCUGAGGGUGUGACAACAGGCUUAAACUACAUUCUUCCUCCCUCCCUCCAACCUGCAUCCUUUCCCAGGUGCAACAUGACCUCAUCAAUCAAGGCCGAGGAAUUAUGAACUAUUAAUUAUGUAGCGGAGUGUGUGUGUGUGCGCGCGUGCGUGUUUUCCAGUCUUAUUGUUUUUUUUUUUUUUAAGUAAAGGCAUUGAUAGUAUAAUAAUCAAGGUCCAGGUAGUUAUGGUUAUAUUCUUAUCUGGCCAUUUAAAGUAAUAAAAUGUAUCUUUUUUUUGACCACUUAAUACCUUUGUUCACAGAUUAUGACAUUCAUUCCUUUUCACAAAGUAAAGCUAUGACCUAAAAUGAGCUACUGUCCGUGAUGAGUCAUAAAUAUCAAAGAAAUUCUGUGUUUAAUAGUGGUACCACAUGUCAGGUUUGAUGUGCCAAUUCAGAUAUUUUUAACCGCUAUAUUAAUCUGGCAGUUUCAUACGGCGUCCCAUAAAAUUUAACACGGUAGGAAUAUUUUCGGUGGUUUCCAUUAUGUAGCUUUCAUUCUGUGUCAGUUAUGUUCUUUUUUUUUUUUUUUAUUACUUGAUUUGGACACAAUCCGCAGGAAUGGACUAGACUUGUGAUGUGGUGUUUGCAGAUCUGUAAAAUACUGUGUUAGGUCUCUCACUCAUGUUUUUCUGGAGUCGUCUAACAAAAUACUAAUUAAUCUGCUGCAAAAAUUUCUACUCUGCUUCAUUAAAGUGACCAUUUCCCCCAA